AUGUCGUACCCGGCACGCUCGCUGUCUUCUCACAUGCGAGCGCCCAGCGCUGCUGGCUCGUCAGCUCAAUCACCCGCACUGCUCGCCCGUAUUGAGGAGAAGAAAGCUGAGCUCGCGCACCUGAAGGAACUCCAGGAACUCAGCGGAGCAGUCGCGACACAAAUGGAGAACUUGGAGCAGAAGCUUUCGACUCUUUCAGAUGGCACAGAAGCCAAAGCCACCAAGAUGCCUGGACAGACGGAAGUGCCAUCGGGCGAGACCACUGAUGAUGCCACGGUAGCACUACCUCAGACACUCGUGCGCAUCCCAACCGAACAUGCUCCGGUAGUGCAGGCGCAGGCCGAAGCAUUAGAAGCUGAAGCUGCGGAAGGAGACUCGACUAUGAGCAGGUAG